CCGCCGAGGAAACACAAUGUAAAGUGAGUGCGUGACGCGAUUUUUUCCGCCGUCGUCCCACGAUCUCUCGCGAGGCGCUUAAGGAUUCUCGGGCGCGUGUGUAUGUGUGUGUGUGUACGUGUGAGGUGCCCUGCCGGGAACUAGUUGAAGAGGGAGUUGAACCCCUCCCAGCUUGACAACCCCCCCACGGAAGGAACCUUCCUUGGAAGGGUUGACUUCCCUGGAAAAAAUCGUUGAAAUUCCCCACUAGAAAACAGGAAUUUCCCGGAAAAGUGUGUGAGUGUGUGUGCACACCCUGAGGGGUAGUGAAAAGGGAAGGGCUGUGCAGAGAUAGUGCAUUCGAGAACCCCCCCCCCCUCACGUCCCGUGGGAGCAAUUUUUCGCCGGGAGUCACCGGGAUGGCCGGGAUUCCAACCGCGGAGUUUUCCGGAGCUUUUCCAAAAGUGGCAAACGAAGAAUUUCCACCCAACUGAGAUUGUGUACGAGUCCGGAAACAAAAAUUCCACCUGACAGUGAGUGUGGGGUUGUGUGUGCGUGCAUUUUAAAAUUUACGACCCCACGUGGGGCGGUGCGCGCGGUAAAUCCACGUGAAAACCGUGUCCAAAGUGCUCAACAAAAAAAUCGCAGAAAAAAGAAGUGGUUGAAAAGUGUCAUUUAUCAUAAUCCUAGAGAUUAAACAAACAACACCCCCGCUCGAAAGCUGUUAAUGUGUGUACGUGUGUGCAGAGCACACACUCGCUUAAUGAAUGAGCACGUUGGAUUACAGGCCGACUUACAUAAUACUCCCACGCGCGAAUAACCCGGGUGCUUGCCGUGGUGGUAAUUGGAUAAAACGAGUGCUGUUUAACGAUUUGAACAGCCAGGGUCGCCGUCCAGGUGUCCCGGUGGGUAAGCCCGGUAAUCGCGUCCAGUGAGUGAAUAAUUCAUUAGCCAGAUAUCCCCCAACCAACCCCCGCAUCACAACACGACAGCGAAAAAAAAAAAGAAAGGAAAAUUUGUGUUCACCAAUGUGGAAAAUUACAACCGUGACGCGUGGUGCGUGAGUGCGACUGGGAAUUGUAACGUGUUGUGUCCGACUUUUAGCUCCCCCCCGCCUCCCCAAAAGCCGAUGGUGAUGAGUUGUAACUAGAUACGAGAGUUUCCGGUUUUGGCGGAGGAUUGGACGGAAGUCGGGACAGGAUUUGCAGGCCAGCCCAGUACGUCCAGAGUGAAGCCACCCCGUCAUCGGUUGAAACCAGCUGCUCCGAUUUCCCACGUGGUGUGAAAGGUGCGAAAAUAUAAACAGAAAAAAAAACUGUGUGCUCGUGUGUGUGCCCCUCCGUGCAGGUUUUAAUGAGACCAAGGGGAGGCGCCCCCAAACCCCGGACUGGUGGCAUGCGUACUCAUAUUUCAAACCCGUGGCCACGACGCCAACCACGGCGGGCCCAAAAUUGAAUCCUGACACGGAACACCGACCCUCUGGACUCGAUGGGGGAAGUGGAAUUAAUUCCAACUUGGUUUUGGGAAACUAUUUGCUCAAAGAAUAACUAACCAGUUCAACGGCACGGAAAACCAAGUGAAAGUUUUUGGUGGGGAGGAGUUUAAGGUCACCACGCACCACAAACACUUCCAGCGAGGCCUGAAAGUGACGCACGUCAGCCAUUUAAUUACCCUCCAAGAUUCGGAAAAUUCUUCCCACGCCCCUCCUCUCGGAAAAAUUAAUCGGACCAGGAUCUUGGCCGACGAUCGACCGUGGUGGGGCAAUAAACAUAAAAAGUAAACAUUAUUAUCACGACCUACCGCCAUCAUCGACAUCGUCCAGUGUUUGUGCGCGAGUGUGUGUGUGAGAGUUAACCGGGGUCAAUUGGAAUAAUAUUUGCCAUUUUCCUCCUGGAGAGUGUGGGGGGAAAUUGCUCGCACGUGAUCAUUGAAAAUUUUGCGCCGGAAAAGUGAUACACUGAAAAUUUUAAAACGAAAACGAACGAAAAAAACUGCUCAAAUUUACGCUCAACAGUGCAUGGAAGCAUUAAAUCAGCAUUAAAGGGCAAUGUUUGUACACCGUGCUGAUUGGUUCAAUGUGCGUGUGGGUGAUGUUUGCAGAGAGGAAUAAAAAAAUAAGUUGAAAAGCAGCCAGCAAAAAUAAAUAAGUAAAGUGUUUAAUUAUUUCGUGCCCCACCCGCGAGUGCGCGUCAAUCAAUAUUUAGUGAAUCGGUAGAAGAAAAAAAGAGGCAGAGAAAGCAACAAAGAAGAAGCGUUCCAAUUUGUGAAAUAAAAAUAAAUAAAUAAAUAUCUGCCAGCGUAACACGGAGGAAAAUAAAUAAAUAAAUAAUUAUCGGAAAAAAAUAUAGGCUAGCAAAUGGUGUUGACGCAGCAGCUCAAAGCUCGUAGCAUGGCGGUGACAGCUGGUGGCCGUGGCUGCCAGAUGAUGAUGGCAGCACUGGUACUAGUACUGCUGCUGAUGCUGGGACCUGGAGUGCACGGCGAGGCGUUUAAAUCAGAUGUGCCCGUGCACGUGGAACGGGUCCUGGUGAACGAUACCGCCCAGAUCAAGUGUGACGUGUCGUCGAACCUGCCCAACGACCGGAUACUGCUGGUCGUUUGGUACAAGGAUAACGUGCCGAUUUACAGCUACGACACACGGGUGAAAAGCAGCGAGCUUCCGUCCCACUGGAAGGACGUUUCCAUCCUGGAAAACCGUGCCAACUUCAAGCCACUGCGGGACAAGAGCCGGGCAGAGCUGGUCAUCGUGCCAGUUCUGAAAAAGGACGCCGGCGUGUUCCGCUGUCGAGUAGAUUUUUUACUUUCACCUACAAAAAAUAGCAACGUAAACUUAGAAAUAGUGGUGCCUCCGGAGGUGCCAAAAAUCCAGGACUCCACCGGGUUCGAGCUUCCGGCGCACGCCGGUCCCUACGAGGAAGGUGGCAACCUGGAGCUGACCUGCAUCGUUACCGGGGGCAUUCCGACGCCGAAAAUCACCUGGUCCAGCAACGGCAAGGUGCUCCCCAGCACCAUGAUGGAGUACUCCCACGAGGCCACGCUUAGCAGCAAGCUGGUCGUGCGGAACCUGUCCCGGGACCACCAGCACAGCGUGUACACCUGCCAGGCCAGCAAUUACUACAAGCGGAACGUGACCGCCAACGUCACGAUCGAGCUGAGGCUGCGUCCCCUGGCGGUCGAGAUCGUCAACGGCAGCACGCCGCUGUCCUCGGACCGGCGCUACAUCGUCCAGUGCGAGUCGAGCGGGUCCCGGCCGCCGGCCAAGAUCACCUGGUGGAAGGACGGCACGCAGCUGAUUGGCUCCAAUCAAACGACUUCCGAGGACGGCAACAGCACCAUGUCCUCGCUGGCCAUCACGCCGACCCGGGACGACCACGGCAAAACGCUCACCUGCCGGGCCACCAACGAGCUGGUCAAGCGCGGCACCAAGGAGACCGCCAUCAAGCUGAACGUGUUCUAUCUGCCCACGCUGAAGCUCGAGCUCGGCACGAAUAUGAACCCGGAAGACAUCGAGGAAGGAGAUGACGUGUACUUUGAAUGUAAAGUGAAUGCAAAUCCUUCUGCAUACAAAGUGGUGUGGAAGCAUAAUGACCAAGUCGUUCAGCACAACUCCAAGACGGGCGUGAUAAUGAGCAGCACGGCGCUGGCACUGCAGGCCGUCACGCGGCACCAGGCCGGCAACUACACCUGCAUUGCGUCCAACGUCGAGGGGGACGGCGCGAGCAACACCGUGGACCUGAAAGUGAUGUACAAACCCAUCUGCCGGCCGGACCAGAAGAAAAUCUACGGCGUGGCGCGGAACGAGGCCGCCGAGAUUCUGUGCCAGGUGGACGCGUACCCGCCACCGGAGUCCUUCAAGUGGUCCUUCAACAACACUGCCGAAACGAUCGACAUGCCCCAGAGCGGCUACCGGGUGCACGCCGAGCAGGCCUCCUCGCUGACGUACACGCCGGUUAAGGAGCUGGACUACGGUACCAUCAUGUGCUGGGCGGACAACGCCGUCGGGCAGCAGCGGGAACCGUGCGUGUUUCACCUGAUCGCGGCCGGCAAACCGGAAAUGCCCUACAACUGCUCGCUGACCAACCAGACGUCCAACUCGCUGGAGGUAGACUGCGCGGAGGGUUUCGACGGCGGUCAGCGCCAGUGGUUCGUGAUGGAAAUCUACGACCAGCAAACCCACGCCAUCAUGGCGAACGCGACCUCCCGGAUACCGAUCUUCAACGUGGGCGGGCUCGACUCGGGCCGGUUGCUGAAAAUUGUCAUCUACGCGACCAACAUGCGGGGCCGCAGCGAGGCGAUCCUGAUGAACGCGUACACGCUCAAACCGGCGGAAAAGCAGACAGGUCCCCACGGCGAGUUCGAGCUGUCGCCGAUCCUGUCGAUCGGGAUCUUCAUCGCCAUCCUGACGGUGAUAAUCUGCAUCAUCAUCGCCGUCGCGGCCGCGUUCAAGCUGCGGGCCAGCCAGACGACGGCCACCAAGGCGGGCCACCACCACGGCGCGAACGGGGGCGGCGGCGUCCUCGGCAAGCGGCCCGGUAAUCUGCCAAUUAAGGAGAAAAUCUCGUUACCGCUGAGCCAGUCGGAGGACAUGUACGACGAGAAAAACCCGGACGUGGUGCCCACGAACGAAGAUCCCGACUACAAAUUGAUAUCGGCAAAUCAAACCCCAACGGCGCUGCAUAAUUCACUAUGCAACAGCAAACACGACAUUAUUGGAAGGACGAUACUGGACGAUAGCCGGAAAACGUACCUCACCGGGUCGUCUAACGAAGUCCACUACGCCGAAUUAGCCCUGGCAAUACCUCACGAUGACAAUAGCAAUAAAAAUCACCUAAAUCAUCUGAAAAAGCUGCCGCCCCCUCCGGCGUACAACUACUUCGACGAGCCGACGAUCUACGCCCAGAUAGACCACGGUGGCAGCACCAACUUCAAAACGUCCGCCGCCACCUCCCCGUACCCGCUGAUAUCGCCCGUGACGCAGCCGGUGGCCAUUCCGCCGGUCCUAAAUCAGUCACAAUUAACGUUACAGCUGCAGCAGCAGCAGCAGCAGCAGCAGCAGCACACGCCAACAACGCUGCUGCAAAAUCAUCAACAACAUACGCCGACAUCGCUGCAACACCCACAGCAGCAGCCUAAUAAUAAUAAACAAUACCUGCGCGAAAUUGUGACAGUACGGACGCCGCUGGCGUUUUCGCAGCAGGAGAGCUGUGUUUAAUUAAAAUUUACUUCCAACACACCACGGCCAGGUUCUCCGGUCGGAGAGAAAAAGCCAUAAACUGACAGCGGAACGGAGCGACCGUCACUGCGGCCACCACGUGCUGUGUAGUGCGGCGGUUAGGCGACGGCAAGGUUUUGGGUUUUGCUUGCAUUCGGGUGAAUUACGCCUGGAGCGUCGUAGAUGCGCUGCACUGUGGACACACACGUCAGUUGAUGGGCGACGUUGUUGUGUGCGUUUGGGGCUGGUCAGUUUGGGGUGAUGACAGGGUUGUUGAAGUGUGUUUUGUGUGUGGACCUAUAGUCCUAUGGUAAUGGUUAUGUACAAUGGUUAAAAAACAACAUAUCUAAUCACUUUUUUUUCAUUUUAAUGCAAACAAACUAUAAAUGUCAAGGGACCAUCCAUAAACCACGUAGACAACUGGGUCAUGAAAAUAAGGUCAAAUUGCUGAUAUUCUUGUCUACAACGAUAAAGCUUAUUUUAUAAGCACAAUGAUACUUUGUAUACAACCUCAAAAGUUUUGAAAUGGAUUUUGCUCAAAAGUUUUGAAAUGGAUUUUAAAAUCUAUUUUGAAAAAAUAACGUAGUGGACUUUCUUGAAAGAACCUUGUUUGACAGCUCGUUCCAAGGGAAUCAUCGUUGAUCCAUACCCGCAUAGUCAACAACCAUACAGUCACCAUUUGUCGAAUGAUUUUUCCUAAAUGAUCUUGAUAAUACACCCAAUAGGGUGCAACCGUACAUUUUCCAUUCCCCAAACAAUCCUACAAUUUAUUAAAUAGGUCGUUAGGUUAUGUUACAAUACAUUUUUACAAGGGAUUUUUUUCGUGGAUCAUAGUCGUACACUACCCCAAACUGUUCAAUUCUCAUUUUAUUUGAACCGUACCACAAAUUAAUAAAAUAUGAUAUUAAAUGGUGAACUGCUUUAUCGACACUUACCGACACCAUUUGAAAAGGGAGGAGCCAAAAAAUAAACUUUACAAUAUUCUGGGAACUGUGGAUUUAACGGGAAUGGUAAGUAUAUGAUUAUUAAUGGUUAGCGUUUUUUUUGUAAUGUCCGGGAUUUGUUACCGCUUGAUGAUGAUGUCUCCUGUUGAUUCUUCCGUGGUGCUGCCGCCUUAUCUAAUUGAGCUAUCUCAGUUACAUUACGUUUGGCGGUUUAA